AUGACGUGGGAUUCCUACUUCGACGAAACGCCACCUGAGAAAUAUAGUUUUUGGGGCUUUUAUAAACACCGUCAAAAGCAAGAAGGUUUCAGGUUUUCCUUUCAGAAAGAAGCCUAUUGGCUCCAGAAGAGUUUGGAUUCUCUGGUUGAGGAUGGUACAGAAGAGUUGAAGAAUGUAGUAUGGAAGACUUCCAGUAGUCCCGAGAAGGGGGUAAAACUCACGCAAUUACGGUGGGCAUCGAACGUGUUGCCCACUUUAUGGUCGAAAGUGUCCGUUGUGAAUCAUCGAAGUAAGAACGUGGAGAUCGAUCGACUCUGGAAUGAAGUUGAACGUGAAUCUCUGGAAAUAGAGCAUGCCAACGAAACAAAACAAUUGCAGUUGGACCAGUUGAAAAUAGCUCGUGUUAUGACAAAGGGAACUGAAGAUGGCGUUGGAAAUAUUAUGAAAAAUGUCAAUAUGGAACUGGACGAGUCAGCUACUUAUCUUAAAAGAAGACGAGAUGUUGAUUACAAAGAAGAUUGA